AUGGAAUUCAGUUCAGUGUUAUUUGGAUUGAAGGUUGAAUUCCGUUGUUCUGUUAGGGUGAUGGUGAAGGAGCUCAACAGAGUUGCAGGUUUGAGUUUCGACAGUGAAGAAGAUUGGCUUUGGCCAUUGUUGCUUUGGACGGUGAAGAAGAUUGAAGCAUAUGCAAGAAUCGAAACUCUAUUGAAGAGUAAAAGUGUAGCUAAGAUUCAUCCUGAUGCUCCUUUGGACAAAGUUUGUCUUCUUGGAUGUGGUGUUCCAACUGAAAAUCAUCUUAUAUUUAUCCGUGGAGAUGUUGUAGAGGGUGCAAAAAGUGCUGGUGCAUCACGGGUUAUUGGCAUAGAUAUUGAUAGCAACAAGUAUGAUACAGAUACAACCCUAUUGCUGGCAUUGGCUGGAAAAUUGGAUGCUGAAUUGAGGGUAAAAGGAGAAAUUACUUACAAUGGACACAAACUUAAUGAAUUUGUGCCAAGAAAAACUUCAGCAUAUAUUAGUCAAAAUGAUGUUCAUGUUGGAGAAAUGACUGUUAAAGAAACAUUGGAUUUCUCAGCUAGAUGUCAAGGAGUUGGAACUAGAUAUGAUCUAUUAAGUGAGCUUGCCAGAAGGGAAAAGGAAGCUGGUAUAUUUCCUGAAGCAGAACUUGACCUUUUCAUGAAGGCUACUGCAGUGAAAGGAACAGAAAGUAGUCUCAUUACUGAUUAUACUUUAAAAAUUUUAGGGCUUGAUAUUUGUAAGGACACCAUAGUGGGAGAUGAGAUGCAUAGAGGUGUAUCUGGUGGCCAAAAGAAACGUGUCACACAGGUUAUCUCCUAUUUUUGCAGCCUCUUCAUCAUGCUGCAAGAGGUGAGCAUGCUGAUGUAAUUAGGUUGUUGCUUUCUAAUGGUGCAUCAGCCACAAAGGAAAACUUAUAUGGAAAGACCCCUGCAGAGUUACCUGAACACGGCACAGAUGCUAGGAGGCUGCUUGAAGCCGCUACUACUGCCAUGGCAACCUAAUAAUAGGCAUUAACAUGGUGAUUAGUACAAAUAUUUAGUUUAAUUUUGAUAAAGCUCAAUGUUUGUUCAUAAAUUUGUGUAAUUAAUGUGUACAUUUGUAGUAUAUGUUAUGACUUGUAAAUGUGUACAUAAAUUUGUAUAUAUUUUGAUACAUUUAAGGCAAAAUUGGUUUGAAUUGGUAUA